GCGACAGAGAGCUCCGUUGCUGUAAAAACAACAUCUCACCUUCUUUCUUUAGUCCAAGUGUUGGAGCACGUUUGAGUGACCAUGGAGUGCGUUUGCUGUCAUGUAGUUCAGCGUUAACACGGCGUGAAUAGUAGAAGAGGGGGACUUUUGAGUGGAUACGAGGAGUCACAGUCGAGCCAUGGCUGCUCGGGAGGAAGGAGAGGUAUUGCACAGUAAAAUAAGGCACCACGACGGAGCUGGAAGUGUAAACAGCUCAGAGGGCUUCAGAAACGGCUAUGUGAAGAGCUGCGUCACCCCCCUGAAACAGGACCUUCCGAAGGGAUUUUUGUUUAACGUGUGCAAGUUUUGCAACGAAGAUAUUGUUAAUUCAAAACUGUUUAAGGUUUCUGCCCUAUACGUCGGCGCGUUUGUAAUUUUCGCGGCUUCUUUUCUCAUUUCUAGGAGCUUGCAAAGUGACUUGCUUUGGGAUUUGCGGACUUUUUUGUUGGGCUUCUCCCAGUCCAUUAGUCCUUUAUUCAGCAUAGGAUGUGCUUUCUUCUUUUUAACGUUUUACCUGAGGAGAAGAAAGAAAGAGAGCAGCAAAUGUUGGCUCCUUUCACUACCAGCAUCGUGUUACCUCGGGGAUUUUUUGGUUUUGCGGUUUUUGCAGUGGGGAGAGGACCAACACCAGAUGCAAAUGGUGGGCAGGUUGUUAUUCGUGUUGGGAUGUGUAGGUCUGCUCACACUGAUCCCCACUCUCAAACUCAAACACAGUGUCCUUAUACUGGUCUUUGCCAGCAUUGUGUGGCUUGUUUCUUUCACAAGUUUGAGCGGUCUGCCUGCACUGCUCAGACCGCCCUUCUGUUCUGGGUCCCUGUUGGGGCUCAGUUUUGACCGUUAUUAUCCGUGGACGGAAGCACCGAGUGGGAUCUCCAGCGCGGAGGAAAAAGUCCCUGUGAUCAGACCUAGGAGAAGGUCCAGCUGUGUUUCGCUUGGGGAGACGUCGACCAGCUAUUAUGGCAGUUGUAAAACGCCUCGCAGACCCUCGUUACCCUGUAUAUCCAGAGAACAGAUGAUCUUGUGGGACUGGGAUCUAAAACACUGGUACAAACCACAGUAUCAGGGUGCAGUAAGCGGCAACGGCGUGGACCUUUCAGUCAUCAACGAGGCCAGGAACUUGGUGUCAGACCUGCUGAUGGACUCUUCUCUUUCGCCACACACCAUCUCAGCUCUGCGCAGCAUCUCCAGCCUAAUGGGGACAUUCUCAGGGUCGUGCCGUCCCAGGGUAAACCCAUUCACCCCUUUCCCAGGUUUCUACCCCUGUGAUGAAGUGGAGGACUCAGCAGAGAGAACUGACAGGAAAACCAUUAAGGGUUUGAGCAGCAGAAACAGCCUUCCCACCCCUCAGCCCAGGCGGAGUUCCACCUCCUCCUCGUCCUCUACACUCCCUCCUGUUGACUCCGCCUCUACUCGCUGGGAGCGCAACAAUGGCAAGAGACCCUACCCCGACCUCAACUUGACCAGCGUAGGUCUUUCCAAUGGGCCAAAUACAAACCUGCUCACCAUUCCCAAGCAGAGGUCCUCCUCUGUUACCCUCACCUGCCAUGCAGGGCCCAGGAGACCAGGCACAUCACCUAGCCUGAGCCCAGUCACCUCACCAAGCCAUAGUCCUCCUUCAGUAGGUACGGGCUCUUCAUUGUCUCUUGUCCCUCGAUUGCCUGUGGAGUUCCCAGACACGGCUGACUUCCUGACAAAGCCAAGUGUCAAUCUAAACCUGCACAAGCCCUUGGGCUACACCCUUAGCCCACCUGAUUUUCAGCAGGCUUUCCGUAGCUCUACCUUCCCUCUUUGCACAAGCUGUGGUCGUCAGAUGCUCAAGGGAGUUUCUAGCAGUGAUACAGGCGAAUCUCAUCAACCAUUUAGUAGUGAGGCUCAACACAUGCGCUCAGGUGAAGUGCUGGAGUUCACAGGGGAGCCUCUGAUCAGGGAGGAGAGUGUGGAGGCGGACGUGUCUGGAGACGGAAGACCAGAUGUUGCAGGGAACCAGGGACAGGCAGUUUUUUUUAGGGGCGAGCAGGAGUUCAGGCUAGAUCCUAUGCUGGAGGACCAUCAGGCUCUCAUGGAGAGGAUGAACACGUGGAACUUCCAGAUCUUUGACCUGGUGGACAAAACAGGAGGGAAGACUGGAAGGAUACUCAGCUAUGUGACAUAUACCCUUUUCCAGGAUACAUGUCUGUUUGAAAUUUUCAAGAUCCCUGUGCGGGAGUUCAUGACAUACUUCUGUGCUCUGGAAAAUGGCUACAGGGACAUUCCCUAUCAUAACCGGGUCCAUGCUACUGAUGUGCUCCAUGCUGUCUGGUACCUGACCACUCGACCAAUCCCUGGGUUCCAGCAGAUCCACAGUGAACAUGUGACUGGAAGUGACACAGAUUCAGACAGUGGGAUCUCUCCAGGCAGGAUAUCCUACGCUUCCUCCAAGAGCUCCUUGAUUUCAGAUGACAGCUAUGGCUGUUUGGCCUGGAACAUACCUGCCUUGGAGCUCAUGGCCCUUUAUGUAGCAGCUGCAAUGCACGACUAUGACCAUCCUGGUCGCACAAAUGCCUUUCUAGUAGCCACUAAUGCACCUCAGGCAGUGCUGUACAAUGACCGUUCAGUGCUGGAGAACCACCACGCUGCAUCUGCCUGGAGCCUCUACCUGUCUCAGCCCGAGUUCCACUUUCUGGUCAACCUGGAUCAUGUGGAGUUCAAGCGUUUUCGCUUCCUUGUCAUCGAGGCUAUUUUGGCCACAGACCUCAAGAAGCACUUUGACUUCCUAGCUGAAUUCAAUGCCAAGGUGAAUGAUGUGAGCAGUCCAGGAAUUGACUGGACCAAUGAGAACGACAGGCUGCUGGUGUGCCAAGUGUGUAUCAAGCUGGCAGAUAUCAAUGGACCAGCUAAAGUCCGUGACCUACACCUCAAGUGGACAGAUGGCAUUGUCAAUGAGUUUUAUGAGCAGGGAGAUGAGGAAGCCAGGUUGGGAUUACCCAUCAGCCCCUUCAUGGACCGCGCCUCUCCGCAGCUGGCCAAGCUACAGGAGUCUUUCAUCACCCAUAUUGUAGGGCCGCUUUGUAACUCUUACGAUGCUGCUGGCCUGCUUCCUGGCCACUGGAUUAAUGAAGCAGGAUUGGAGGAGGACGAUGAGGAGGGGCAGGUGGACACAGACACAGAUGAAGAUGAGGAUGAGGAAGAUGAGCUAGAAGAUGAGGUGGCACCAAAAAGGAGGAAAGGUCGCCGCAGGUUGUUCUGCAGCAUCAUGCAGCACCUGACAGAGAACCACAAGGUGUGGAAGAAGGUCAUCGAGGAGGAGGAGAAGAGCAAAGACCUCAGCAAACAGCAGCAGCCAGACAGCCUAAUUGCCAGCCUGCCUUCCUCCCCGUCAGAUGAUAUCCAGGUCAUCCAGGAAGAGGAGGAGGGAGAAGAACGUCAGUAGCAGGAGGACAAAGGAACAGAGAUGCAUGAAAAAGAAGAGAAGCGGCAGUAAAAAGACACGAGUCCCCUCAACCAUCUGCCUUUCACCAACACACAUAUAUAUUAAAAGAUUCACUGUGCAGACACUCAGAUGCUUAAGCAGUCACUGUUCUUGGAGAAAGAAAAAGGCCUUACUACUGUGAGCGGAUCCUUGCUGCAACGGUGGGAGCCCAACUCCUAUGCACUUUCACCCCAUGGAGAGUCAAGUGCACCCAGACAGAAAGCACCAGAACUGAGGAAAAAGGUGCAGAAGUAGGACGGGGUCCAGCAUGAACUUUAUGGUAACCUGGCUGUUAUGCUGCCUUGAAUGCAAAGCGCUUACACCUCCCUUAGGUACAAAACAAAUCCUGUCUAUUUAAAAAUGAAAGGUAGGGGGAAAAUAAUGAAGUAAGCAACAUCAUGAAGUGACUGAUACCCUUUACCAAAGUGAACAGUUCAAACAUAGAAAGACAUGAGACUGGGACUGUUUCAGCCUCAAUGUCAGGUAUAUUUUUGAAUUAUAUAUCAAAUGUGCCUGUUUGAACAUUACUGAGUCCAUAUUGGCCCAGAGCCUAGGCUUGUGUAGUAGUUCUCUCUUGCUGGCGACACAAACACUGUAUCAGACUCAGUCACAGAGACAUUAUUGAAAUGUUGACUGAUUAAUAGCAUUAUAUCUGCAUCAUUUUUGAUGCUUUUACUCAUGUGUACCACCUGUCCUUUUGUUAGUUUGUUUCUUUGACUCUCCUUGCUUCAGUUUGUUUGUGUGCAUGUGAAUGUUUUUGGUGAGAAUGUGUCAGAGCGAUUGAGUAGGGAGAAAGAGCACAUUUUUAAUUAUUUUAGUAAACCGUGUGCAUGUUUGAGUGUCCUUACAGUAAUGGUUGGUUUUUAAUCAGUGAAAUGUCCUCUGGUGUUUAACUCUUUGCAUUCAGAUCAGAAGUGCUGUUACAAUGGAGUCAUUUUCCUUUUUGAUUAUAAGUGUUUUUUAAAGGUUACUCAGGAUUCAUGCAAAGUUAAACAAUUAUUUUGCAAGAAUUUAUGUCAUUAAUAUGAAACUUUAAAAGCUAAGAAAAUUAAAAAUCUGGGUGACUGAAGUAGUUUGUAAUCUCUUAAUGAACAACUUGACUACAAACAAAUUGAAGCAAUUGAAAUCCUCUGACAGAGGAGCAUACAGGAUGUGCUGUAUCUUGGCCAUUGAUACACUUUGUAUAAUCUUUCUACAACCUCAAUGAAGAAAAGCUUUCCUUGAUUGUCAGCUGACUUGCAGUUCUUUAGUAGUAUAUUAGACCAUUAGUUUUAGUUCUAAAUGUCAGUUUCAGCCAGCUGGCAGACGCUGAUGUUUAGACAAAUUGAAAGCUUACUUUUCAUCAUUUUUUUUAACUUUUUUUUUUUCCUUCUUUCCAAACCCAUCACUUGGCCAGUGUAUAAAGAAAGGAUCCAGGGUUUCAUUUCAUUUUUGUUUAUAUAUAUAAUUAUAUUUAAUGAUGUACCAUGAGGCAGGUUUUAAAAGUGUUAGUUCUCUAUUUUUCUCUCUACAAAUUUUUGGCAUUCCACUAGAACAAGACGUUUUAUGAAAGGGAAUUCUGAAUUGUUGCCUAGCUCCUUUAUCACCUUAUUAAAUCAUAAUCUCUGGAUAAAAUAUUGUGUAAAUUGAUAUAGUGAUAUUUAAAGACAAGAAUAGAUACAGGUGUGCACAUUUUAAUACCAAACAAGUGUUUAGCCGCUGUACAAAAGAGUAUGUGCAUAUAAAUAUAUAUAUUUUUAAAUAAUCAAAUGAAUCUUGUUUUCUACACGCUGACACAUUGUACAUUGAGAUCCUGUAAUUACCGUUGCGUUUCCAGAGUUUUUAUCUACUUCUAUUUACAGGUGUGGACCUGUGGGGUUUGGUGUUUCUUUUUUUUUUUUUUUUUUUUGCUCACUUUCAGCCUCUCCCUGUUCUGUAUCAUAACCACUCUUCUAUUUUCCUUUCUCUUCGUUAUCACUGUUGUCUCAGCCAACCUAACUAAGGCCAAACUUUACCUACAUACAGUAGUUUGUGGGCCAUGAUAUGCUGAUUGGAAAAAAGGUUCUGGGUUCAAGUACUGUUCAUGCAAAACAAACAACCUUGAGUCAAAUAUUCCAACCGGGUUCAAAGGUGCAGCGACAGCGGCAGGAGUCAGCUGGUCGGAGCCAUUGGCAUUCUGAUAACGCUGUCGUCAGUUAUUCCACACAGAAACCUUGGAAGCUCCCAACUUGACAUAUUCCGGCUCAUUAAGUUGUAGGUUUGUUGGAUUCUCACUGCGCAGUCUCUCAAACCACAGUGUCCUCUGAUGAUUGUGCCAUAAAUACAUCUAUGAAUGUCUGUUACCCUUAUGUAACAUCCAUAUACAUAUGUUUGUUUAAUGUAACCAUUCACCCUUAUCUACAGUGUGGGAGCAACUGAUUUUUGUUGUUAUUUAUAGCUGUCAUAAAACAC